UGAAUAUGCUUCUGCAACUAAGCCUGGCGUGUGCGUUCCUUGUGGGCUGUUUCACAAAGGCCCCCCUCGUUUCUGAUUGCUCCUUGGUGCGAUGUAUGGCACCUGCGUGUACCGAUCCAUACACGCCACCUGGACAGUGUUGUCCUAUUUGUCCACUGUCUGGAUGUGUCGUCGAAAGUGUGCACUACAAAGAAGGUGCUAAUGUGCCCUCAAAGAGCACUCACCCGUGCGAAGUGUGCUACUGUUACGACGGGUCCGUAAUGUGCGCGUGGAUGAUGUGCCUGAACUGUGUAGGCCAAAUUCCGCCUGGCCAAUGCUGUCCGGUAUGCGAAUCAGGACCUUCUGGUGUGGAAUAAGGACAAGGAUGAAGACCAGAGCGAGUUUAAACAUUGAUUGUUGAAUCUACUUGAUACGGCGGCAUAAAGGGGA